CGCGACGCUUGAAGUAUGUUUCAUUAUCCAAAUUUUCCGGAAAUGAACGUGCGUUAAAGGUCUUAGAAGAAGAAGGGAGCUUUCCUAAAUUUUGUCUGCUUUCAUGAGUAAACUAAAUGAAAGUGUAAACAAUGGUUUCAUAAUGAGUAUUUCAAGACGUUACUUUCAUCAAACACUCAAGAAGUACAUUCCCAUAUUGACUUGGUUGCCUGGAUAUAGUUUACAAGAUCUUAAAGGAGACUUCAUUGCAGGUUUUACUGUUGGUCUAACAGUAGUUCCCCAAGGCUUAGCUCUUGCUCACUUAGCUAAUCUGCCUCCACAGUAUGGACUGUAUACUGCUUUCAUGGGAAGUUAUAUGUAUUCUAUAUUUGGUACAUGCAAAGAUUUAGUAAUAGGACCAACAUCAGUAAUGGCAUUAAUGACAGCAGAGUAUGCAAGCAUUGGAGGCCCUGUGUAUGCUUCUCUUCUUACAUUUUUUUGUGGGUGCUUCCAAAUUCUACUUGGAAUUCUUAAUCUAGGCUGCUUAAUGAAUUAUAUAUCAUCACCAGUUCUAAGUGGAUUCACAUCUGCAGCUGCUAUUAUUACUGCUACAACUCAGAUAAAGGGAAUAUUUGGCCUUAAGUAUCAAGCCCGUGGAUUUUUGAAUACAGUUUAUCAUUUUUUCUUGAACAUUUCAAAAACAAAUUUAUACGAUAUGACCAUGGGAAUAACAUCUGUUUUUAUGCUAUUACUUUUGAGAAAAUUUAAAGAUAAGAAGUGUACUACAUGCAUGUGGUUGUUAAAUUCACGAACUCUGCAAGCUGCUUGGUGGUCUAUUGCAACUGCUCGAAAUGCUCUUUUGGUAAUCAUAUGCUCAUUUCUUGCAUCGGUUUGUUUAUCCCUGGGGUUUGAUGUGCUUACCCUUACUCAACAUGUGGAUGCUGGCCUUCCACAUUUCCAGUUACCUAAAUUUUAUCUGAACUAUUUUGACCCUACACUGAAUAAAACUAUGUGCAAAACUUCUGUGGAAGUUUUUCAGGAUCUUGGUACUGGUGUGAUAGUUAUUCCUUUCUUAUCGCUUCUAGAAGCAGUUGCCAUUGCUAAAACUUUCACUAAGGGAAUAAAACUGCAAUCAAGUAGGGAGAUGAUUGCUUUAGGAAUGGGCAACUUAAUGGGUUCAUUUGUGUCUUCCUAUCCUGUAACAGGAAGUUUCUCUAGGUCUGUGAUAAAUAAUGCUAGUGGUGUAAGAACUCCUUUAGGUGGGAUAAUUUCAGGAACAUUUGUUCUACUUGCUUUGUGUGUAAUUGCACCAUUGUUUCAUUAUAUUCCAAAAUCAUGUCUUUCUGCAAUUAUAUUUUCUGCUGUGAUAUUUAUGAUCCAUUACGAAGAUGUGCCUGCAAUGUGGAAAACAAAUAAAGUGGAACUCAUUCCAUUUUUAACUACAUUCAUUUGUUCCUUUGCUUUGGGACUUGAAUAUGGCCUUUUAUUUGGUGUGGCAGUAGCACUUGCUAUAUUGCUAUACAAACAAAAUAAACCAAAUACCACUGUGUCUAUUAAAAAGAACGAUGAUGGAUAUACAUUUAUUCAUGUGUACCCUGAGAGCAGUAUAUAUUUUCCUUCCUCAGAUCGUUUUAAAGGAAUAGUGUCCAAAGCUUUGCUUAAUGUUCCAGACCGAUCCAAAUGUACAGUAAUUAUUCAUGGGAACAAUUUGAAGGAAAUAGAUUAUACUACAGCAAUGGGCAUUCAAAAUAUGGUUAAAAGCAUGAAGGCAGAAAGUACUGAAGUUAUUCUUUGGUUGACAGAUCCUGAAUGUAUUGAUGCACUGAGCUGCUUAGAAGAUUAUAUAUAUAUUUGUAAACAAGAUGAUGAACUGCAAGAUAUUUUGAACACUGCUGUUACUACAUAUAAUGAAGAUAGUUCUCCUGAAAAUGAAUCUGUUGAAAUUGCAAGUGCCGAAACAUUAUUAGCAAAAUCUGUAUCAAGUAAUGAUGUACAUUGUACAAUUUCAAAAGAUAAUGACUUUAAACAAAACUUACAUGCAGAUUCAAAUGUUGUUUCAUGCUAAAAUACUGGAAUGUAAUAUUUUUAAAUGCAUUUAUAUUACAUAUUUAUUGUAACAUUUUAACAGUGGAAUGUAUGGAUUCCAUGAUCUGUUUAAAUUUUCCUAGUUUAUUGUUGAAAUACUUACAUUGUUUAAACUGACACCUUAAGGAACUGAAAAUAUUUCAGUAUUACAGAGAUAUAUGUUUAAAUAUUUAUUUAUAUUUUUUAUAUAUUUGUAAAAUUGUGUGAAUUUUGUUUCAUUUGUUGUAUUAAAUUUGUGGAAUGAUUUUUAUCCAUUCAGAUCCUGAUUGUUAUAAAAAUUGUCGUCUUACAACUUCAUAAUGCUGUGAAAAAGUUACUGAGAAAUAUUUCUUCCUCUCUAUUUAUAGUCACAUUAUCAAUAGUUUGUAACAAGUACUACUUAAACUACUAAAAUUUAACAGUAGUUAAAUUGCAGUUAUCUAUUUUGAAUUGAUUUUAACAUAAAGCAACUAAAUGUAUUACAAGAAUGGUUAAAGAAUUAGUUGCGAUGAUUUUAUUGAGACUACUCUAAGUUGGUUAUUUUGUUUUAUGUACAAAAAUAUGUGUAAUUGUGAUUUUUGUCAAUUAUAGUUCUCUUUAUAUGCCUAGAAGUGUGUUCAAUAAGCAGCUAUGUAUGAAACUUGCCUGUUUUUUCUAAAUAAAGAACAAAUGAGCAUUGAA